AUGGCACCUUCAUGGGCAAAUGAUUUACGGCGUCUCAACCGCAACAACUUCACGACUCUACGGACAGCGCCAUGGGCUGAAAUCUCGGGAUCGCUGGGUGAUCUUGGCACCUUGCUGCCUUUGACGAUUGCCUUGGCCGCACAAGGAUCCAUCGAUUUGGGAACUACACUCGUGUUUACGGGCUUGUUCAAUAUCCUCACUGGUGCAUUCUAUGGUAUUCCUUUACCUGUUCAGCCCAUGAAGGCUAUUGCCUCAGCAGCCAUCCAGAAUGGCUCUCCUAUGGGUGUCGUCACGGCUGCAGGCCAAUGGGUUGGUGCUGCCGUACUCAUCAUGAGUGUUACAGGUCUCCUGAAAAGGGUUGUCCGUGUUGUACCACUCCCAGUAGUAAAGGGUAUUCAGUUGGGAGCAGGCCUCUCAUUGAUUCUCGGCGCCGGAUCUUCUCUGCUUCAGCCUCUUCACUGGGGUCAUCCAGCUCUUGAUAAUCGUGUGUGGGCUUUGAUCGCUUUCCUCGUUUUAAUCGGCACACAAAAGCUAUCCCGGUUCCCCUAUGCCUUGCUCUUUUUUAUACUCGCCCUUCUUUUCGCCUUUAUUCAGGUCGCUAUAUCCCACGAAAGUCUUCCGUGGCUUUAUGCUUGGCACCCUCACUUUGUCAUGCCGCACUGGGUUGGAAAAGAUGAUUCGCCUGCCCUGUGGAUGGCUAUCGGACAACUGCCUCUGACCACGCUCAACUCUAUCAUCGCCGUCAGCGCACUAUCUCAGGAUCUUCUACCCGAACUCCCGACUCCCUCGGUGACAUCAAUCGGAAUCAGCGUUGCGCUGAUGAACUUGAGCAGCACCUGGUUCGGAAGUAUGCCUGUCUGCCAUGGUGCCGGGGGGUUGGCCGCCCAAUAUCGCUUCGGAGCUCGAAGCGGCUCCAGCAUCAUCGUACUGGGAGCUUUCAAGCUAGUACUAGGACUUAUUUUUGGCGAAACCCUCGUAGAUCUCUUGAAGCACUACCCCAAGAGUCUUCUUGGUAUCAUGGUCAUAGCAGCUGGUCUAGAGCUCGCUAAGGUGGGCAACAGCCUCAACCAAGGAGCCUCCGAUUUGUGGAACACGGCCGCAGGUCAGGGAUCCCGUCAACGCGAUCUUUCAGAUGAUGAACGUCUGGAGAGAUGGACUGUUAUGCUCAUGACCACUGCUGGAAUUCUCGCCUUCAGAAACGAUGCUGUGGGGUUCUUUGCAGGCAUGCUCUGCCAUGGAGCGUAUCGUCUUUCAGAACGAUUGACAACGCGAUACUCGCAUCGCGCAUUUUCAACUGAGCAUGAGGCCCUGCUUCACUGA